AUGGCAGACUACGACGCCCACGAGAAGCGAUCGGCCUCGCGCACGCGCAACUCCCGUCCGACAACCCCCAUGCGCCCAACCACGCCUCUACGCCCUUCUUCGCGAUCCUCCUUUCGCGAGUCCGCCAGAGAUAGCGUCCAUGGCGGCGGCGAGUCGUUUCCCCUCAAUACCUUUGAGCCCGCCUUUGCUGAGCUCUCGGACGCCAUGGCCGACCUCGAGGCCAAUAUGAUGCACUUCCAGCUGAUGCAUGAGAGUCUGGCGCGCUUCAGCGAGUCUUUUGCGAGUUUCAUGUAUGGCCUGAACAUGAAUGCCUUUUGCGUCGAUUUCCAAGAGGGCCCUGUUCCCGAGUCCUUCAAAAGGGCGAAGCUGCAAGAAGAGAUGAACGCAGCCGCAGGAUCAGGUACGAGCCCCAACCAAAUCUCUGGUGCAGCCUUGGCGGUAUUUCUGACAUGCACAUUCACAGGCAUUCCUCGCGCGCUUGAAAAGCCUAGCAAUGAUUUUGACGGCGAGACGACUUUUAUGACCACUGACGUUUCGUUCGUCGAAAACCCACCCGCUUCCUCCAAGCCAACCCCGAAAUACAAGACCUCCAGCACAGCUACCAGAGGUUCCCGCGUGCCGGCACCUUCCACACGUGGAGGCACAACGCGUGGUCGUGCGGGAGGCCGCGGAGGCUCCGAGACAACGAGAGGUCGGGGUACCGGGAUCGUCAGGCCACGCGGUCGUGGCAUCCGGUGA